AUGGGCUCCAUCCCAUUUUGCACCCUCUGUUGCUUUAUUAGCAUAGCAACAGCCAAUAUAUUUGAGUAUCAGACUGAUUCCCAACCACUGCGUCCAUGUGAACUUCAGAGGGAAGAGGCUUUUACAGCAGGGGAAGCCUACGUUCCUCAGUGCUCAGAGGAUGGCCAGUUCAGGACAGUCCAGUGCAGUAGGAAUGGUCUUUCCUGUUGGUGUGUAGAUGAGAAUGGUGUUGAGGUUCCUGGCAGCAAACAGAAUGGAUAUCCUAUAUCUUGCUUGUCCUUUUGCCAGCUGCAAAAGCAGAGGAUCUUGGUGAGCCGAUACAUCAACAGCAGCAGCAUCUCCUACAUCCCUCAGUGCCUGGAUUCAGGAGCUUUUGACGAGGUGCAGUGUGACACGGAGCUGGGGCAGUGCUGGUGUGUAGAUCCAGAAGGAAUGGAGAUUUAUGGCACCAGACAAAGAGGAAAGCCAGCACAGUGUCCAGGGAACUGUGAGAUCCGAGAUCGUCGCAUCCUGCAUGGGUUUGGGGAGAAGAGCCCACCACAGUGCUCAGCAGACGGGGAGUUUCUGCCUGUCCAGUGCAAGUUUGUCAACACAACAGACAUGAGUGUUUUUGAUCUUGUUCAUAGUUACAACAGGCUCCCAAGGGCUUUCCAAAAAUUUAGCUCGGUGAGGGAAACGUUCCCGGAGAUCUCUGGGUACUGUUACUGUGUGGACAGCCUGGGCAGGGAGCUGGCAGACACAGGCUUGGAACUGCUGCUUGAUGAGGUUUACGACACGGUUUUCUCCGUGCCAGAGCCUGCCCGCACGUUCACGGAGAGCAGCAUCCAUCGGAUCCUGCAGAGGCGAUUCCUGGGGAUCCAGCUGGCUACCUCUGGAAAGUUCAGGUGCCCCUCGAGGUGUGAGGCUGAGCGUUCUGCAGCGCUGCGCUUCCAGCACCCCUACGUGCCGUCCUGCUCCGCCGGCGGGGGCUACGCGCCCCUGCAGUGCCAGCAGCAGGGACAGUGCUGGUGUGUGGACACCCAGGGACAGGAGAUCCCGGGCACAAGGAGGAGAGGACAGCCCCCAGCCUGUGGUGAGGAGCACUCGUGCAUCUCCGAGCGGCGCCAGGCCUUGUCGAGGCUCCUUUAUGGCCCUGCUGGGUACUUCAGCCAGUCCAGUUUGUUCUCCACACCAGAUAAGCAGUCUGACAAAAUUGAUGGCUUUUCAAGAGCCUGCCCUCCCUCUUUCAAGGAGCUGUUUCUGGACUCUGGAUUGUCAUCCCCACUUGCACAAAGCCCAUUUGCCAGCCAGACUCCUGAGCUAGAAACCACCCUUAGUGAAGCCAUCACAGGGAUGUUCCCAUCGAGGGAACUGGCUCAGGUGGCACUGCAAUUUACUGCCAAUCCAAAGCGUUUCCAAGAAAACCUCUUUGGAGGAAGGUUCUUGAAGAAUUUGAUCCAGUUUAACUUCACUGGGGUACUUGGCACUAGUGGGAAGUACAGCAUUGGCCAGUUUUUCCCACAGGUGGAUGUGAUGGAUAAUGGCCAAGGCCCUCUGGCAUCAGCUGAGGCACUUUCUCUGGAGGUAUCAAAGGGAAGCUCCAUUUUGAGUAAACCUCUCAUGGGCAGCUUUGGCCGCACAGUAACUCUGCAGGACAAUCAGAAUCUGAUGAAAUUCCUUUCUUCUGUCCUGGAACUACCAGAGUUCUUGACUUUUCUUCAACAAGUAAUUUCUGUCCCCAAAAGCGUAGCUGAAGAUUUAGGUGAAGUGGUGAAACUAGCUCUGGGAUCCAAAGGCUGUGGUGAGGAGCCAAAGGACUUGUUUGUUCCAACAUGCACCAAGGAGGGCAGGUAUGAGGAAGUUCAGUGCUAUGCAGGAGAGUGCUGGUGUUUGGACACUUUGGGUAAGGAGGUUCCAGGCUCAAGAAUUCAGGGCAAACGCCCAAGGUGUCCCACUGAGUGUGAGAAGCAAAGGAGAAACCUGAAAAACCUGAAGCAAAGCCUGCCUGCAGGAUCAGAUCUCUUUAUUCCCUCUUGUACUGAGGAUGGAGACUUUCUGCCACUCCAGUGUUAUGGGACAAAUUGCUUCUGUGUCGAUUUGAAUGGCAAGACUAUUCCAGGAAUAAGGGGGAAAGCUGGAAAGCUGAUGCAAUGCCCAAGUGCUUGCCAGGUAACAGCUGGUCAGGAGUUUCUGCGGGCUGUGAAGCUCCUGUUGUCAGAUCCAAGUGCUGUGCCUCAGUUGCCCAGCCUUUACCUGCCUCAGUGUGAUGCUGCAGGUGGCUGGAGGCAGGUGCAGUGCAGUGGCCCCCCUGAGCAAGCCUUCGAGUGGUACGAAAGGUGGAUCGCAGAGAACAACGAGGGCAAACCCCUGCCUGUUCCUGAUCUAUUGAACAUAAUAGCUGGGUAUAAAGAGGCAUCCUCUGGAGACUUUUCAGCUUUUGUUAAAGCUUUGUAUGCAGCUGGGCACCAGAAUGUCUUCCCCACAUUCUCCAUGUACUCCUCCUUCACGGAUCUCCCUCCUCAAGUGCUGGAAGGAAACCUGACCAGUUUAUCUGAGAACAUUUUGCUGGACCCAUAUACGUUCUGGCAGCUUCUGACUGAGCAGCUGAGCUACUACCCAGGACCCUAUACUGAUUUCAGUGCUCCAUUAGGCCACUUUGAACUUCGUGAUUGUUGGUGUGUUGACAGCAAAGGAGGCGAGCUGGAAGGAACAAAGGCAGGCGUGAACCAGGUUCCAGCAUGCCCUGGUAUAUGUGAAGGUGUGAAGCAACAGGCCAUGAAAUUUGUGGAGGAUGCAGAGCAGCUCAUCCUGGCCUCAAAUGGGUCCCAGUUUGCCUUUGGAGAGAGCUUCUUGCUGGCAAAGGGGAUACAGCUGAUGGACAGUGAGCUCCUGCGCUCUGCUGGGCCCUACGGGCUGGAGACAGGCAUCUCCCAAAAGCUGCUGCUGGGAAGUGACUCUGCUCUUCAGCUGGCUGCUUGGUCAGUCCUGCAGUUCUACUGGCAGAGUCACUUUACAUCAAAACGUUCUGCUGGGGAAGCAGCACAGCUGGGAUUUCUCCCUUACAUCCCUCAGUGUGAUGGCCUGGGAAACUGGGAGCCAACUCAGUGCUAUCAGAGCACAGGUCAUUGCUGGUGUGUGAAUGAGAGAGGUCGUUAUGUGAUGGAUUCCUUGGUCUCACGCUCAGCAGAACUUCCCAAAUGCCAGACUUCAUGUCAGCAAUCUCGAGCCAAUGCCCUAAUUUCCAGCUGGAGACAGAGCAGUGCAAAGCUGGACACCUCUACAGCUGAUCUGUUCAUCCCCAACUGCCUUGAGACAGGAGAAUACACUGUGCUGCAGAGAUCUGACACAGAUAUUUGGUGUGUGGAUCCUGUGUCAGGAGAAAUAUUCCAGCGUGGCAGCAGAGGCUUGGAUGGCAAUCCUGAGUGUCCCAGUGUCUGUACCAUGCUGAAGUCCAGAGCAGUCUCAGGAGCAGCUGGCAGAGGCUACGUGCCCCAGUGUGCAGGGGACAAGGGGGGUUUCUCCCCUGUGCAGUGCAGCCAGGACCAGGAGAGCUGCUGGUGCGUCUUGGGCAAUGGAGAGGAGGUGCCAGGGACACGAGUGAAUGGGGGAACACCGAAAUGUGCAAGUCCGCAGUGUGCUCUGCCAUUUGGUGCCUCAGCAGUUGCCAAUGGGGCUGUACUUUGUGAAAACGUCCCUGGGCAAGCUCCAAGCAUCCAGCAGUGCCAGCUCAUGUGUCGCCAGGGCUUCCACAGUGCCACUCCCAACACCUCAUUCCAGUGUGACACGCGGCAGCGGCGCUGGGUCUCGGCUGCCCCUCUGCUCCAGGCCUGCCAGAAGCUCCAAUUAUUUCAGACAGUCCAAGCUCAAACACACUUUCAACUACGCCUGCCUCCUGAGAAGACAUGCAGUUCUGACUACUCUGGAUUACUCCAGGCAUUCCAGAUUUUUAUUUUAGAUGAAUUGAAGGCUCGUGGUUUAUGUCACCUCCAGGUAAAUGCAUUUGGAAAAACUGGCUCAGUUUCCAUGUGUGACGAUUCCACUGUUUAUGUCGAAUGCCUGAGCGUGGAUCGCCUGGGAGUGAACAUCACCUGGAGGACUCAGCUGGAAAACAUCCCAACAGCUUCUCUCCCUGACUUACAUGAUAUUGAAAAUGCAAUUGUUGGGGAAAAUCUCAUUGGAGCAUUUAUAAAUGAGAUUAAGGAUGGUGUUUUUCUGCUGCAUUUGGAUUCCAAGCAGUUCCUAGCAGAUUCUGUCAUUGAUUUUCCCCGGGAUGAAGAGUUUGAUCUGUCUCCCCAUGUGCAGCUCGGAUGCAGAAGUGGGUUUCAAAGAAUUUCAUCUCCUGGGAAAGCAGGCCCUAAUUCACAAGGAUGUGUUGUUUGUCCUCCAGGCAGUUAUUUCCAGGACGAUGAAUGCAUUCCCUGCCCUCUUGGCUACUAUCAGUAUCAGACAGGACAUUCCUCCUGUAUCAAGUGUCCUGUGGGCAAAACUACCAACUCCUAUGGGGCAAUCAGUUCUGAUCACUGUGUGACAUCCUGCCAGAGCAAUGAGCAGGGCCUGCAGUGUGAUGAAGAUGGCCAGUACAGACCUGCCCAGCAGGACCCUGACACCAGGAAAUCCCUCUGUGUCGACAGCUUUGGAGCAGCUCUGGACUGGACUCAAACAGAGGAUCUCCUUACAGAUGACCAGUGCUUGGGCUGUGAGAGGGAAGAUGACUGUGGCUUUGCAACUGUUUCUCCUGCUGGUACCAAAGUGCUCUGUGAAUUAUACAGCACUGCUGAAGCCAACUUCAACUGCACCACCUCUGGAUUGGUGCAAGGUGUCUUGGGGAACCCUGCUGCCACUAGCAUCAGUGGCCUCAGCUGCUUGCUUCGUGUCAGGAGCCCAGAGGGAGAUGCACUGAUGGUCUAUCUGAAGAGAGGACAGGAAUUCAACUCCUCUGGAUCCAAGGCCUUUGAGAGGACUGGCUUCCAGAACGUUCUGUCUGGUGUGUACCGCUCCAUGGUGCUGCCUGGCACCUCCCAGACUGAUGCUCAGCUGCUGUGCAGACAGGAGUGCAGCCGGGACUCCUGCUGUGAUGGAUUCAUCCUGAGCCAGCUCCUGCUGGAUGGAGGAACCAUUCUGUGCAGUUUGCUGAGCUCCCCAGACGUGCUGAUCUGCAAUGCCAAAGGCUGGAGUCCAACACCCACCUCAGCCAUGGGUGGGAUGUGCAAUGGUGUGAGCUAUGAUGAGAAGGAGAAGAGGUUUUCCUUCACUCUGGGAGGACAAGUGUUCAGUGGAACUUCUCAGUUGAUGGAAGAGGCAGGAAGAAAUUUCACUACCUUUCAGGAAAUUUACCUGUGGAGAGACUCUGAUAUGGUCACCCGGAUGGAAACCUCUUUGUGUGAGGCUGCUGCUUUGAAAAUAAAGGAUGAUCUCAUGUUAUCAGAUUCCACAAAGGAUCUUUUCUACCUGAUGGACAACAGCCAGAUACAGAGUGACCAGAACUAUUCUCUCCCUUUCCAGCAGUAUUGGAUCUUCAGGCAGAAGUACUCAGCUGAGGAAGCUCUGCUUUGGUGUCUUACACGUUGUGCCCAAGAGGAAGAGUUUUGUCGAAUGGCAGAUCUGCAAAAUGCCACAGACAAAUACUUUGUGUGCAUCCUCUAUCCAGAAGCACAGAUUUGUGACAGCAGCAUUGACCAAAUACCAGGAAACUGUGCAACUGUGCUACCCUGGCAACCACAGAUGCUGUACCAUAAAAUAGUCACGCUUAAAAGUUCUGUGAAGAGCUUCUACACACGUGUACCAUUCCAGAAAGUAACUGAAUUCUCAGUGAGGAAUAAGACUGACAUGAGCAGAAAAGCUGUUUCAGAUGGGUUUUUUGAGUGUGAGCGUUGGUGUGAUGCUGAUCCCUGUUGCACAGGAUUUGGCUUUUUUAAUGAUUCCCAGCUGUCAGGUGGAAAGAUCGUGUGCGUGACUCUGAACAGCCUUGGCAUCCAGACGUGUGCUGAGGAAAGAACAAGUGCUUGGCACAUUUCAAACUGCAGUUCACCAGAUGCUGAAGUCAAAAUACACCCAUUUGGCUGGUAUCAAAAGCCUGCUGACUUGAAGAGCACCAUUCCCAACCUGUGUCCACCUGUUAGUUUCCCACUCAGACCAGAAAGUGAGUAUGUGGAUGCAUGGCAACCCUUAAAUGUGUCAUCUGUUCUCAUGGAUUCAUCCGUCUCAAACUUUGAAGUUGUGCAUGUUAGCAGAGAUAUAUCCAAUGACUUCUCCACUGCCAGAGAUUUUUGCCUGUCUGCUUGUUCAAAGAACCAGUCAUGUAUAGUGGUUACUCUGGAAAUCCAGCCUUCAGCAGUAAGGUGCAUUUUCUACCCUGACACCCAGAUAUGCAGACAUGGCCUGCAAGGGCACAGCUGCUGGGUUUUACUCAAAGAACCUGCUGCCUAUAUCUAUAGGAGACAAGGUAAGAACGGGUUAGAGCUGUCGAGGAAGGACCUCACCUAUUCAACCCCAAGAGCGUACAUCCAGUCCCACGGGUAUCUGAUGGGCAAAUCCCAGGUGAUCCACAUUGGCUCAGAAUGGAAAAACAUCAGCCAGUUCCUGGGGGUCCCUUAUGCUGCCCCUCCCCUUGGAGAGAGGCGCUUCAGCCCCCCGGAGCUGACUGCUUGGGAGGAAACCUGGAAUGCCACGGUGGCUCGGGCAGCGUGUUGGCAGCCAGGAGAUGGAGAGGCCCCGUCACAGUCUGUCAGUGAGGACUGUCUGUAUCUGCACAUCUUUGUUCCUGCCACCACUGUCAAAAACAUGUCAGUGUUGGUGUUCUUCCACAAUGGAGGGAGUUACAGUGCUGAGGAGGGAAAGACAACCCUGGAUGGAUCAUACCUGGCUGCCGUCGGUAACGUCAUCGUCGUGACGGCAAACUACCGGGUCGGUGUCUUUGGCUUCCUGAGCACUGGUUCUGCUGAGGUGAGUGGGAAUGCUGGCCUUUGGGACCAGCUGGCAGCGCUGAGGUGGGUGCAGCAGAACAUCGCCAGCUUCGGGGGCGAUCCCAGCCAGAUUUCUCUGGGAGCCGAGCGCGGCGGGGCGGAUGUCACCAGCGUUCACCUGCUCACAGAGACAGCGGGCACAGACCUUUUCAGGAGGCUGCUGCUGAUGGGAGGUUCAGCUUUUUCUCCAGCAUCCAUAAUUACUACAAGGAGAGCACAGACCCAAGCAGCAGCCCUGGCUGAAGAUGUGGGAUGCCCUUCAUCCACCAGUGAGGAAAUUGUAGCCUGCCUUCGCCAGUUGCCUGCUCGUGUCCUCAAUGAUGCUCAAACUAAGCUGCUAGCUAUCAGUGGCCCAUUCCAAUACUGGGGUCCCGUGAUGGAUGGAAUUUACCUCCGGGAACCUUUGGCUAAAGCCCUGCAGCGCCCUCAGCUUCAGAAAGUAGAUCUGCUCAUUGGAAGUGCUCAGCAAGAUGGUCUCAUCAGCAGAGCCAAGGCAAUUAAGAAAUUUGAAGAAAGUCAAGGAAGAGCCAACAGCAAGACAGCCUUUUAUCAGGCUCUGCAAAAUUCUCUAGGAGGAGAAGAGUCCAAUUCAUUCAUUGAAGAUGCAGCUACGUGGUAUUACUCCCUGGAACACUCAACUGAUGAUUAUUCAUCCUUUUCCAGGGCGUUGGAAAACGCCACCCGUGACCAGUUUAUCACGUGUCCCAUCAUAAACAUGGCGAGUCACUGGGCUGCCUCUCGAGGAAAUGUCUUCAUGUACCACGUACCUGAGAAUGAAGGCCAUUAUGCAGUGGAGUUCCUGCUGGAUGUUCAAUAUGCAUUUGGUCUACCCUUUUACCCAAAGUAUGAAGCACAAUUUACUGAGGAAGAAAAGAGCCUUUCCUUGCAAAUUAUGCAGUAUAUCUCCAAUUUCAUAAACUCUGGAAAUCCAAACUACCCCCACAGUUUCUCGAGAAGAAUGUUGGGGGUGAAGCCUGCCUGGCCCAUGUAUCUGUCAAGUGAUGAUGGCGAUAACUACAAGGAAUUCACAGUUUCUUUGCCUACUCUUAAAGGACUGAAAAAAGCAGACUGUUCCUUUUGGUCUGAUUAUAUCAGAAGGCUGAAAGCAUCCACAGGAAGUGGUGAAGAACCUUCUGCAGAAAACAGCUCUGGUGAAACUCCAAAUGAGAGCCAGCCCCUGAGGGAUGAGGUGGCUUACAGCAGAUAGGCAAUCACAGGGCUGGGGGGUGGCUUUGUUACACAACUGUGCAUCCACACACCUCACACCAGAUGAGCAAC